AUGACAAGAGCAAAAAAGCGUUUUGGAUGUCGGCAAGGAAAGAAUGGUGCAACGAGGAAUCAAGAAUGCCCUCUGGCUCGAAAAUCUUGCAGAGCUGCACUGUUCGCUUCACCGUGGAGCGAGGGCAAAACGAAGGAAGAAUUCCCAGAAGAUGGGAACAUUGCCAUUAUAUCUGUCAAGACCGGCACAAAUGAAAAAGCUUGCUCCGCUAAGAAGAAACGAAGGGAAAGAGUCGCAAAAGCUCCACCU